AUGUCUGCCUGGAGACUCGGCGUCCUGAUGGCUCUGUGCCUCCUGCGGCAGGCGAGGGGGGCAGGGCAGCCACUUCCUGCUCCUCAGAACGUUACACUGCUGUCAAAAGAUUUUGACAUGAUUUUGACAUGGACUCCAGGAGAAGGCUCUCCACCAAAUGUGACAUACACUGUGAGGUAUGAAAGCCAGGAACGUAUGAACAAAUGGAUAAAGGUUCCUCACUGCAAAAAUAUUAUCAGAACCUCCUGCAAUCUGACUUGUGUGCUUUCAAACUUCUUUGUUAAAGUCCGAGCUCGAGUGAAAACCCUUUCUGGACAACUCCAGUCGCCGUGGGUAGAAUCACAAUUCAAGGAAUACCACUUGGAUGUGGAACUGGCCCCCCCAGUGCUCAAUGUGAAUGUCAAGGAGAACUUCAUCCAUGUGAAUGCCUCCUUCCCUUUGGCCACCUGUGUGGAGAGUUUCCCUUGGAUGUACGACUUGAACCUUUGGGAAGCUGGAUCUGAAGACAAGAAGCAAUAUGAAGGUAUCUUUAGGAAGAAAGCUGUGACUAUUGACACCACUGCACUUCGAGGCAACUACUGUUUAAGUGCCAGAUCUUCCUUCCAAAGCAUUGAUUUCAAGCACAGCAGAUUCUCCCACCCAGUGUGUGUGCUCCUAAACCACAAAGUGCAAUGGAAGUUCCCACUUUCUACCAUGAUCCCUGUGGUUAUCUUCUCCAUCUUUCUGACCAGCCCCUUCAUCAUCUGCUGGCUGAAACAAGAUGUCAAGCAAAUGGAGAUGCCUCAUGCCUUGGAUGUCUCUCAUUUAAAAGCAGCUGGACCAGCCUUUCACUGUGAGCUCAGUGAAAAGGAAUUCUUCAGGGACUACCUUAUCUGCACAGAGAAACCAGUGUCACAAAGGAAGACAAACAAAGCUGUAGCAAGAAACAACCCACCAGAGGUGGCUUCUUUCCUAUCACCAUCAUCAUCAUCAUCAUCAGAGGAGGAGGAGGAAGACAGCAGUACUUUCAUCCCAUACACUGAAAUGCUUCAUUUUCCAAAGAUUCCCAACUGCCAACCCCCCAGAACAGCUCAGGGGGAGUCCAGCUUGGACUCUGGAUCUGGAGGACUCUCUGUGGAUAGUGGCUCUGUGCUGGACCUAAGCACCUUGGGUUUCUCUUACUUCCCAAUGAGGAAGAACGAGGUGGACACCUCAGACUCCCAAGGAACUGAGAAGACAUCACUUUCCUACAGUUCCUCUUUGGGAAGACUAUCCCUCAGUGAUGUAAGAUUCCCAGGUCCCAGGGAACAUGGACAGCAUGAUACAGACAGGGAUGAAUGCCUGGAGAUGACCCCUGUUCAAACACUGAUGGAGGAGAUGCAUGCCACACACCCAGGCAGUGAGCACUGCCUGCACAGGAAGGCUCAUCAUUUCCCCCAGUAUUCCCAGAAACCAGCAGCUGAUCUUCAUGUCCAGAUGGGUGAGAUAUCACAGCUCAGGGAGCAUCCCAGCACCAAGCUGGUUGUUUCCCUUCAGACACUGCAGGUGGCAGAAGAUGAAGGCAUUGCAAGUGACUGUGACAGCAAUGAUUCUGCAGAAGGGACACUUCCCACCUCCACAGGACUAAGUGAUGCAUAUGAAACGUCAAAUAAGGAGGAAGAAUAUGAUCAAAAAUUUCAAUUCAAAGCCCCUGAGCACACAUAUUACGUGGGAAGGAUCUAG